GCCUACAGCCAGAUAGAGUUGAGCGAUGAGGCCGUCGUGGAGACGAAGGAAGCUCCUCCAGCCUCUCCGCGCCAGGUGGGGGUGCAGGACCCGACCAAUUCGCGCAAGGAGAAGUCCAAGAUGAGCAUCAUCUUGCCAGAGACGCUCGAGGUAGACAUCGUAGAAGUUGCCACCCCGGUUAACAUCAAGGGACUUGCGCCGGGAUCACCGUCACCACUGGAUGCGGUGUCACCGGCAGCCAGGAGUACUAUUACUACCCUCAGGCUGGCCGAUGAUAUCUCGCCUACAAACUCAUCAAAGUCUUUGAAGUCUUUACGGUCCUUCCGCUCAUCAACGACCAAGCAUGACUUGGAGAAGCUGGAGGUGCCCAUAGAACUUCGGCGAGGUUCUUCGGUGAAGGACUUGCAGGGCGGACUAGCCUCAGAUUACGAGCUGGAGGACGAGUUGGGCCACGGGGGGUUUGGGAGCGUCUUCAUAGGGCGUGGCAGAGCAAACAACUCGACGGUUGCAGUGAAAAUGAUUCCGCGAUCUCGGCUGAAGCGCGAAGACAUAUUCACUGAAGAGGUGAAUACCACAAAGCGCCUUGCCCACCCAAACCUCAUCCGGCUCUUCGCCUCCUACCGGGACGAGUCGAACUUCUAUCUUGUCAUGGAGUUUUGCAAAGGUGGCAGCCUCUCCGAGCUUCUCCAGACGAGGGGGCUGGAAAAGGACGAGAUGGGCAUUUGGACUGUGGGGCUUCCUGCAGAGAUGAUUGCCAGGUAUGCCUGGCAGAUGCUGUCAGGCAUAGCCUAUCUCCACUAUCACCGUAUCGUCCACCGAGACAUCAAGUUGGAGAACUACAUGAAGGUUUCCAAAGCGGAGUACGCGGACAUCAAGCUUAUCGACUUUGGCCUGGCGACUAAGCUCAAGAGAGGCACCAAGCUGGGAGACGUCGUGGGCACCGUUUUGACAAUGGCCCCAGAAGUGCGGUGUCGAAACUACGACGAAAAGGUCGAUGUGUGGGGUACAGGCAUGUGCCUGUACAUGUGUGCCGUCGCCAUGGACCCCUGGUUCAAUGAGGAGACGCACAAGCAAUAUGAGGAGGACGACAUCUUCGAUGCACUGGAUGAUCCUGCCCUCAAGAUACAGUACUACGAGCGACGCUGGUCUCUUAAGGAACCGGGCGUUCGGAACCUGGUACAGUCCUUGCUGGUCGUGGACCCAGCGAAGCGCCCGAAGGCCAAGGAUGUCCUUCUGGAGGACAAGUGGCUCAGGGCGAACGGAAGGGACGGAGGGUGCUGCUGUGCCAUUGCUUGA